CUUCAUCAGAUCCUCCAAAAUCACUCCGGAGCAAAAGCAGCGAAAGCAAGAAGCGAAGGCGGUUGUUGGAGGAGACAGAGCGUUUGUGCUUGCGUGUGUGUGUCGAUGGUGAAGGCAGGCUGGUGAUUUGCAUUUACAUAUUGUCGGCUGAUGUGGAAUGACAACACGCUGAGCUGGGGCAUUGGGGUUACACGCGAACACAGAUCAGUUACUCUUGUGAGCUGUGCGGCGCGCCAAUCGAUCCGUUGGUUGGCGCGGUAGUUUUGAUUGUUGAAUGUUGUGUUGUGAACAACAUCAACCACAUCAUCGGCAAUCAGGCACAUCAAACAGCCGAUUCAGCAGAACCGGACUUUGAGAAGGUGGAAGGUGGGAACGCGGGACAAGGAACAGGGGCGGAAGCUGGAGGCUUUGGCUUGCUCGACACUUGACGAACCGCAAGCAGCAGCACAAUGUCAGAUUUGGAGUAUGGGGCGAUACCGGGAACGCUUGUCACGGGCGCCCUGGGCUGCCUGUUGCCUUACAUGACCAAGAAGUUGGAUAAGGAAGUUCGUGGCACCGUCCUCGUACGCGGCAACGCCUUUGCUGCUGGAGUGCUGAGCUCGGCUGGGCUUGUGCAUUUGUUACCUGAUGCGACGGAAUCCAUCACCUUCACCAAGUUCCCCUUUGCCAGCUGCUUGGCUGGGGUCGUCUUCAUCGUCCUCCUCUUUAUCGAGAUGGUGAGUCACCGGCCCAUACGACAGACGCCGCCGCCGCCGCUUGUCAAUGGGAUUGAUCAGAUGGAGCGCGUCCAGUCGCCCCCGCCCCACGCCAACCUCGAGAGCCCUCUACUGGCACCCAACGCCACUGCGCCCCCGCCAAAGCGACAGCUGCACGUGUACGUCCUCGCCAUCGGCCUCGUCGCGCACAGCAUCAUCGCAGGCCUGGCGCUGAGCCUGACGGGUCGACCGAGCACACAGAUUGGCAUCCUGGUAGCUGUAUUGGCGCACAAGGCGUUUGCUGCCUUUGCCCUGGGCAACAGCACCGUGCGUAAAGGGUGGUCGCUGUCCCGCGCUGCGCCCUUGCUCGCAUUCUUCUGCUGCUCCACCCCGCUCGGCAUCGGCAUUGGGCUGGGGAUCAAGACGACCAUCACCUCAGACUCCAACCAGGCAGUGCCCAUCCUGCAGGCGGGCGCAUCGGGGGUGUUCCUGUACAUGGGGUUCUGGCACCUGCUCCACGACAUGAUCACAGACAUUGACCUGGUCGACUUCUUCAUCUACGCCCUCGGCUACGGCACCAUGUCUACGCUCGCCAUAUGGACGUAGCGGCGGUGAUGGUGAUGAUGGUGCCAGGUGUGACAGUUGUGACAGGUGUGACAGCCUAAUGAUGGGGUGCGUGCUCUGCAUCCUCUAUGUGUACGCUCUAUGUGCACGCGCUAUGUGGACGCUGGCUGCACGCGCUGCCUGUGCGCUGCAUGCUUCAAGUGUUCGCUCUGUCGUUCUCCCGCGCGCUCUCCCUGUGUGUUGACUAGCUGUUUGGAUGGAGUGAUGUGUGGUUGUGAUUAGGUUGCGGCAAUGUGUGAUCUGCCCCUUUUAGCUUAUGCCGUGUGAACUGACCUGGAUUGAUGUUAACAGAGCCCGUGUUUGUCCUUAAACCGUCAACGUUCGAAACAGGCACCCAUGUGCAGUACGUGCGUGCUGGCUUGCUUGAAAAGGGGAUGUAUGAGGGAUCGUGUGUACAUUGUUGCUUACAGGUGUUGGUCAGUUACACAGGAGGGGCUGGGAGGCGAAGGAGG